ACUAGACGAUAUCGACCCAAAGGAGCCCAGUGAUCUGCUGGAUACUGAUUUCAGCAUUGAGGCCACAGCUGCAACCACGACGGCUGGCUCGGGAAGCAAAGUAGCCGAGGCGUCGACCUCGGACUACCGUGUCGCCGUAUUCGGCGCGGGUGGAGUUGGAAAAUCAUCGAUAACGCAGCGAUUUGUAAAAGGAACAUUCAAUGAGAAUUAUGUUCCAACUAUCGAAGAUACCUAUCGACAAGUGAUCAGUUGCAAUCAGAAGAAUGUGUGCACUCUUCAAAUCACAGAUACAACCGGAAGUCAUCAGUUUCCUGCGAUGCAAAGACUGUCGAUCAGCAAGGGAAAUGCAUUUAUUCUCAUUUAUAGCGUUACGAAUAAGCAGUCAUUUGCUGAGCUAGUACCGAUUAUUGAAAUGAUGAAGGAAGUAAAGGGGAAUGCAAUUGCUGAAACGCCAAUAAUGCUCGUUGGAAACAAAAAAGAUGAAGAAUCAAAACGAGAAGUCUCUUCAAACUCUGGACAGAAAGUUGCAACAAAUAUGGAAUGUGGCUUCAUCGAGACAUCCGCGAAAAACAACGAAAACAUCACAGAACUAUUUCAGCAGCUUCUUGCACUGGAAAAGAAACGACAAUUGGCACUGACAAUGGAUGAUCCAGAUGGGAAAAAUGGGAAGAAGAAGGGAUGCCAUAUUAUGUAGCCUGUAUUUAUUGUAUUUAUUUAUUUGACUUUUUCAAAACUCUUUGAUUUUUUUGAGUUUUGAAGCAUGGGAAUUAGUUUGAAAAGCAAUAAUGUUUCCAACAGAAAACGACUUAAACAAUUCUUUCACUUCCAGAUUUCACAGCUCUUGUACUUUGUAUUCAUAUGUAUUAUUGUAGGGCUUCUAUUGAUUUCUCCAUAACCCCGGUUUGCCUGAAAUCUGUACAAAAAGUGCAUUAUAUCUAGUGCUACGAUUUCUCUUAUUUUCUUAUUAGAUGGGUGGUUUUUUUUGUAAUUUAAUAUUGGUCUGUUCCCGAUACUGUUUAUUUUGGGAAUAAAUGGGAAUAUUUU